AUGUUGGGCUUGAGGAUAUCCAGAGUCAAUGGGGAGGUUUUCGAAGACUGUGUGGUCGAAGAGCGAGAAACUCAGACAUUCAUGAGCAGGGAAGAGCCAGCAGAUCUCCACGAGGCCGUACUGCUCGGGUACAAGGUGUAUGUCGAUGAUGGGAACUCCUUGGACACGAAGGACAUCUUCUACCUGGCAGAGGUCAUCGAUGAUCCGGAGCGCCGUGUAUUCCGCCAAGAUCACAUCGUCCCCAGCAGAGCUUACAAGUACAAGGUCACCGCCAUCACGGAGGUCGGUGAAGGAGAUGCAGCGGUGGAGUCUUUGGUUCCUUCCUCAAAGCCUCGUGCCGCGCCGGUCGCCUCAGUGCUGGACGACUGCACGAUCCCCUGGUACACCAGCAAGGCCCUUUGCCCGUACCCUCAGCGGUAUCAACUGACCGUCGCCUCCGUGGACGUCCGGGAAGAUGCCGACAUCACUUCGCCGCGGUUAUUCCCCUUCGUGACGGUGACACAGGGAACCAUCCUCGAGGUGACCGAGGAGCGCUUGGGGGCCGACGGCCGCAUGUAUCUGAGCAUCCCCAGCUACGGCGGCUGGCUCUAUGACGACACCCCCCUGAAUCCUAGCAGCCCCCUGGCAGAGCGACUGCCUUCCCUGAAAGCUCAGUGGACUUGGCCUGACGAGGAGGAGAAAGCAAUCGGAGGAUCUCCGAUCAGUGCCUGGCGGGUCUACAAAUCAACCGAUGGCAUCAUCUGGAGCGACAACUUCACGGCGGAGUUAUCGGCCACUGCACGGAACGUGUCCAUCCCGUGCGAAGUCAGCGAGGUCACGGUGCCCUUCUGGUUGCGCGUGACGGCUGUAAACAACGUCGGCGAAGGUCCGCCUUCCAAUGCGGCGGCUCUCAGAUGCUCCCUUCCACCCGGCCUGCAGCCGGCACCUAUCCAGGUCGGAAGUGACAUCACCUCCAUCCUUCUGGAGUUUCAGCCUGCGGACCUCCACAAUGCGACGCUCUUGGGCCACAUCUUGACUUAUGCGCACUACACCGACGGAGUUCAUGUGGAGGAGAAGUCGGUGCAUGUUUCCACCCUCCACCCGCGCUACAACGUGGCUCGCCUCUGCUCACUGACGUUCCUGAAAGUCAGACAGUUCCUUUUGCUUUAA